AUGCCGCGAAUUACUACAUGGAACGUCAAUGGUAUCAGGAACCCAUUUGGGUAUCAGCCAUGGAGGGAGAAACGGACAUUCGAGGCCAUGUUCGACAUACUGGAGGCAGACAUAGUCAUCUUCCAGGAGACGAAGAUUCAGCGUAAAGACCUCAAGGACGACAUGGUUCUGAUUCCUGGCUGGGACGUUUACUUCAGUCUUCCCAAAUACAAAAAAGGUUAUUCCGGGGUGGUAAUCUACACGCGGAAUGCCACGUGCUGCCCCAUACGUGCAGAGGAGGGCAUUUUUGGCGUUCUUUGUCCUCCAGACUCAAGCACCAGAUUCCGAGACUUGCCUAAAGAGCAACAGAUUGGCGGCUAUCCAACCGCUGAGCAGCUUUCCAGCGACAUCGAUGAAGCCACACUCGAUUCAGAAGGCCGAUGUGUGAUCCUCGAAUUUCCUGCAUUCGUGCUCAUUGGCACGUACAGUCCCGCCAACCGCGAUGAAUCAAGACAAGAGUUUCGCCUGGGCUAUCUCUCUGCACUGGAUGCGAGGGUGCGCAACCUUGUUGCCGCGGGUAAGCAGGUCAUUUUGACAGGUGACCUGAACGUCAGCCGAUCCGAGAUUGAUACGAUUAACCUUUCUGAGCAACUGCGCAAAGAGGACAUGACAAUGGACGACUGGAUGGCCAUUCCCUCGCGACGGCUCUUCAAUCAGCUUCUUUUCGAGGGUCAAGUUCAUGGAGAUCGCGAUCCUGGGCGCGAGCAACCUGUACUUUGGGAUAUUUGUCGCUGCUUCCAUCCAGAUCGUAAAGGCAUGUUUACGUGUUGGGAUACCAAGCGGAACACGAGACCAGCCAACAACGGCGCUCGCAUUGAUUACUUGUUAUGCUCCGCGGGCAUCAAAGAUUGGUUCAUCGACUCCAACAUACAAGAAGGACUCCACGGCUCAGAUCAUUGCCCAGUCUAUGGUACUCUGGGGGACACGGUCAAGGUUGGCGGCCAGGAUGUCCAUACACUUGACCUUCUUAAUCCACAGGGCAUGGUCGAGGGUGGAAAGCGAUUACGGGAAUGGUCGCCGAAAGACUUGCUCCCCAUGUCUGCUAAACUGAUUCCUGAAUUCGACCGUCGUCGCAGCAUUCGCGACAUGUUCAUGAAGAAGCCGGCUGCCAAGGCGCCAGAAAGAAAGACGUUCCUUGAAUCACCAGACACCCUCGCCGAGUCCAAGGCAGAGCCAGAGUCUGCUAGUGCUCCUAACCACGAGACCUUAUCAGCUCGUUCGGACCAAGGUGUGGCAUUGGCGGAGCCCUCGGGCCCAAAGAAUUCUGAGAGUAAACCCUUACCCCUGUAUUCUCCAACAAAGGAGGCGGCUCGCCCUCAAACAUCGAGGCCACCAACAAAGAGGGCAGCACCCACCACUCAGCUGUCGAAAAAAGCAUCCAAGAAGAGCAAGACUAACGACAGCCAGUCAGCUGCAAAGGGAACUGCAGGGUCCAUGGCGCAGAGCACGCUCGUGGGCUUUUUCAAACCCAAGCAGCCAGCCAGAGAUGUGACACCAGCGGCUGUCAGCAGUGCCGAGCCUCCAUCGCCCUACCAACAAACAGCAGCCUCGAACGAAAGUCAAAGAAACAUGGUCAAAGCUUCAGCUGGGCAAGAGGGUAGUGCCGAAGUGUGA